AAGAAGAAGAAGAAGCAGAAGAAGAAGAAGAAGAAACGACGUAAACUUCAGUAAAUAUCACACAUGGAUUUUCAAUUAUGUUUACUGGUUUUGCGAAAAUCUUCGCUCUGCUUUGUAUUUUUCUUCUUUAUAAACCUUCGGCGUUCACGUCAAGCAGAGAGACACUCGCUGUAUUACAUUUACACAGCCUUGUCUAAACCUGUGGAUCUGCCGGGCAUCUAUGAAUUCAGUGCUAUGGGUCUGCUGGACGACACACAGAUUGACUAUUACAAUAGUAAAGAAAGGAGAAAGAUUCCCACACAGCCCUGGAUGAAAGAGAAAAUGCAGGAGGAUUACUGGGAAAAAGGCACUCAGUCCAGAAAGAGUAAAGAACAAUGGUUUAAUGUGAACGUCCAUAUUCUGAUGUACCGCAUGAGACACAAUGAAUCAGAUCUUCAUGUUCUUCAGUGGAGACACGGUUGUGAAGUUGAGCAGCAGGGAGAUGAAGUGAAGUUUCUCAAAGGCAUUGAUGAGUACAGCUAUGAUGGAGAAAACUUCUUGUCUUUUGAUGAUAGAGAGUCUCAAUGGAUUGCUGUAGUUGAUGAAGCUCUACCAACCAAGAGAAAAUGGGACAAUGUGCCGAUCCUAAACCAAUACACCAAAGGAUACCUGGAGAAAGAGUGUGUGAACUGGCUCAACUAUUUCAGAGAAUAUAGAGACGAGGAGCUCAGAAACACCUCUCCUCCAGAUGUUCAUAUGUCUGCAAUAAGGUCUCUCAGUGACAAAAGCAAGCUGAAACUCACCUGUAUGGCCACUGACUUCUACCCCAAAGACAUGAUGAUGAACAUUAGGAAAUAUCACACAUCUGUGCCUGAAGAUGAGAUUGAAUCCACAGGAGUCAGACCAAACCAUGAUGGAUCCUUCCAGAUGAGGAAGAGUGUGGAGAUCAAGAAGGAUGAAAGAGCAGAUUAUGAUUGUUUUGUGUCCCACAGUACCUUCAAAGAACCAGUUAUCAUUAAAUGGGAUGGAAGGUGCCAGGACUGCCCAUCAGAGUCUGUCCUGUUCAUGAUUGGAGGUUUGAUUGGAGUUGUGCUUCUGCUGGCAGUUGUUGUUUUAGUGUCAGUAAUCUUAAUGAAGAAAAAGAUUAUUGCUUCCAGAAGCAGAAACACACGGGAACAUAAUCGAGAUGAGAGUGCUGGAGUUCCUCUAAGAGAAGGACUCCCACAGUAGUAUUACAGAACAAUCAAUACUGCAACGGAUCAAGCCCUGUUAUAGACACUUGUGAAAUUUGUCAGUAUACCAAUAUCAGUAUUGGGGAUCCAAGAUUGGAGCUUACAGAAUUUCACUAGAAUUGAAUGCAUUGAAUUCAAUUAUCAUUAUUUUCAACUAGGGCUACACAACGAUUAAUCGCGAUUAAUCAUUUGCAAAAUAAAAGUCUGUGUUACGUAAUAUAUGUGCGUGU